CGUGAUUCUAAUUCUCCCAACGUAAAUUUAUCGAUUCUACAGAAGAUCAGGAAUAUCGAUCGAUAGAGAGAGAAAGAGAGGAUGAAAGCCCGGAUAUGACGACGCAUUUGCAGCUUAAAUCCUCGACGACGGUCGCCCUUCCGCCGUGUGCGCUGGUUUCGUGGCCUGCGAACGACCGGUUCCUGAUCGUGGGGACGUAUGAGCUUGAGAAAGAGAGCGGGCGACGACGCGGGAGUUUGGAUGUUUAUGAUAUUGGAGCUGGGAGGCUGGAGCUUGUGAACUCGGUUGCGUCGCCUGAAUCCUCGAUUUUGGAUAUAAAGAUUUCACCCCACGAUCCCUCGCUUUUGGUAUCCGCGCAUUCGACAGGCAACAUCUGUGUAUGGCGUGUGCGAGAAGAACAGAAUGACAAGAACUCACCAUCCCUCUCGCUUACGUUACUCUCCGAUCUCAAAGUCGCAGACGACUCAGACACCCUCGUUCUCGCGCUCUCGUUCUCGCCUACUACUGCAGAUCAGGUAUCAGUCACCCUGACCUCCGGCGAAUGGAAAGUUCUCUCGCUCGCGCGCGGUUCUGACGACGACGCGGAGGUGGUAAGUUCUGUGACGGAGGUGCAUGGCGAACAACCGCAUUCGCUCGAAGCUUGGAUAUCCGCGUUCAGCGCCGACGGAUCGGUGCUCUACACGGGCGGCGACGAUUGUCUGUUUACCGCGAACGAUCUGCGUCUCGGAUGUCAGGUGUGGCAGGACAGACGGACGCAUGCCGCGGGGGUCACCUCGAUUUUGACGAAUACGGUACAAGCUGUGUCGUUUGACGAGAAGACGCUGUGGACGGGUUCGUACGAUGAUACGAUUCGCGUGUGGGACCUUCGCGGCGCGCGGGGGAAGGUCGUCGGCGAGACCAAUCUUGGAGGGGGUGUGUGGCGGUUAGUGCCGCGGCCGGGAGGAGGGUCGCGCGAAGAGGUGUUUGCGUGCUGCAUGUAUGAUGGAGGGAAGGUUGUUGUGCCUGGCAGCGGGGAGGACGGGGAGGCGGUUGAGGUUGUGAGGGUUGUGAAGGAGGGACAUGAGAGUAUGGUGUAUGGUGCGGAUUGGACUACGGAUGGGUCGGUUGUAGCCAGCUGUAGUUUCUACGACAAGCAGCUGAACCUGUGGCAGUAUGCAUAGAAGAUAGAUUGUAGCAUAGCACUAGAUAGAAUUGUAUA